AUGGCGAGCCUGGCGCGGAUGGCGUGCUCGCUCGCGGCGCCGACGCUCGCGCGACGCGCGCGUCCGGCCGCGCGCGCGGCGUCGCUCGCGGUCUCGACGCGUCGCGUCGCCGGCGGACGCCGCGCGGACGACGCCGUCGCCGUCUUCGCCGUCGCCGCCGCGCGACCGCGACCGCGACCGCGACCGCGGCGGGCGACGACCGCGGCGGGCGCGGCGAAGACCGCGGCGCCGAUCGAGACGAUCGAGGCCCCGCCCGGGGGGGUCUGGUCCGGGCUCGACGCCUGGCGCGCGUCGCCGAUCGACCGGCGAUACGUGUGGGGCGAGCGCACCGCGGUAGAUCUCGGCGUCGUCGUCCCGCCCGGUCCCUGGGCGGACCCGACGCGCGCCACGGCGUCGACGAUCCCGACGCUCCCGAGCACGCUCGCGGAAUGCGCGGACCUCAUCCUGCGGACCGCGGACCCGGCGAUAAAGGCGGCGCUGUCGCACCGCGCGUACGCCGCGUUCGUCGCCGCCGAGGACGAGGACGAGGACGAGGACGGCGGCGCCGCGCGGCGGCGACGCAUGAAGAUCGGACGCGCGUCGCCGCCGGACGCGCCGGCGCGUCCGACGCGACCGACGCUCGUGCACCCGAAAGACGUUCCGAGCCCGAAGACGUGCGAGCUCGGGAUGAGCGCGGCGAUGAUGCACAACAUCGCGCACAUCGAGCUGAACGCGAUCGAUCUCGCGUGGGACACCGUCGCGCGGUUCUCGGCUCUCGCCGCCGCCGACGACGACGACGCCGACGAAGACGACGCGUCCACGUCGUCGCCCCGCCGCUUCGUCGUCCCGAUGGACUUCUUCCGCGACUUCGCGCGCGUCGCGGACGACGAAUCUCGACACCUCGGCUGGUGCCUCCAGCGCCUGAGCGAGCUCGGCGUGGCGUACGGCGACAUCCCCGCGCACAACGGAUCACUCGCCGGGAGGCUCGCGGUGGUGCCGUGCAUGCAAGAAGCGCGCGGGCUCGACGCGGGCCCGCGGCUCGCGUCGAAGCUUCAGGGCCGCGGCGAUAACCGAAGCGCCGCGAUGAUCGCGAGGAUAAGCGACGAGGAGCUCGCGCACGUCGCCGUCGGCGUCGCGUGGUUCCGCGAGCUGUGCGGCGCGUUGCGCGUCGACCCGGGCGACGCGUUUCGCGCGCACGUCGGCGAACACGCGCCGGAGUCGCUGCGCGGACCGUUCAACCACUCGGCGCGAAUCGCAGCGGGGUUGGAACCGAAUUGGUACAGCGUCGGCCCGGAGCACAGGAUGGGAAUCGAGUUCGGGACCGGGACCGGGACCGGGACCGGGACCGGGUUUGGGGACGACGCGGAGGGGGAGGGGGAGGAGGACGGCGAGCGCGAGCUGAAGAAGAGCGCGGCGGCGUUGGUGGCACGACUGAAGAGGAUGCUCGAGCUCGAGGGCGUCGCGGUCGCGGCGGGGGAGGCGACGCCCCCGACGGCGGCGGAGGAGGAGGCGCGGGGCGACGACGAUAGAUCUAGUUAG